AUGUCAAUCAAUGAGGAUGGUCAUGCAGUAUUCAUGAUCGAUGUUCAUACACACUUGUACGAUGAAAAGUUCUUUCCUUCUUCUUCUUCCAUUCAUGAUUCCCAACCACGGGAUUAUUCGGAAUUGGAUCAAAUUAUUGAAAAAGCAAAAAAUCAAAACAUUCAACGAAUCAUUGUGGUCAGUGAAGAAGACAAGACAGCGCAUCAAGUGUUGGAACUCUGUCAAAGAUAUCCCAAUGUUAUGAGAGGAGGUAUUGGUUUACAUCCGUGUUGUGUUUCCAAUGAAGAACAAAUUUAUAAAAUUCGAGAUUUAAUAUUGGACCAUCGGGAUGAACUUUGUUGCAUUGGAGAGGUUGGACUUGAUUUCACACCUGGAGUGUUGAAUGCCAUUAAAGAAAGAAAUCUUCAUUUACAAAGUGUCGAACAAGUAAAACAACUACAAAGAAAAGCUCUUGAAGUUUUCAUUGACUUGAGUAAGGCAACUGGUUUACCUUUAAACGUUCAUUCUCGGAGUGCUGGAAGGCCAACCAUUGAAUUGUUGCAUGAAAAAGGAGCCACUCAUGUACUCAUGCAUUGUUUUGACGGCAGUGCCAAGGUGAUCAAAGAGGGAUUGUCUUUUGGGUACUAUUUCAGUAUUCCUGCAAAUGUCAUUCGAUCCAAACAAAUGCAACAGUUGGUGGAGAUUGUACCCAUGGAUCGACUUUUAUUAGAAACAGAUUCUCCAGCUCUCGUUCCCAAUCUUCCCGAACAACAAGAUUUUCAAACUAAGGAAGAGUUUGAUCUAUCAAUCAAACGUGCACGAAAUGAUCCAUCAAACAUUCCUCUUUCUGCUCAAAUGAUUGCACAAAUCAAAAAGGUUUCUUUGCCUCAAGUUUUGUCGCAAAUGUUUGACAACACGAAGCGACUCUUCCCCAAGGCAGUGGAAUAA